AUGAUCUCUCUCGAUAAUCUACCCGAACCUCGGAGGUCCAUAACUGUUGGUGCUCGUUCAAGCAAGAAGCACUCGAACGAGUUUGUCCGUGAUCUGAGGCACUUUGGGCUGAAGAUUAGCCUUCCUCCGCUCAUGAAGCACGAGCGGUGGAAUACCGAUUCACCUCUAGCUCAAAACUGCCUCAGUCGCAUCAACACAACUCAAGGGAUUCAAGCUUGCCAGACUAUUGUCGACACCAUCUGGAUAGAGCAACAGUUUCCUGGCGAUCCUCAGAACCCUGGUCGAGCUGCUAUCUACCACCAGGUCAUGGCUCAGAAGAAGCUGACUGUUAUUACGCGAGACAAUCAGACAUAUACUGAGCUCUCCCUCGAAGGCAGGACUUUCCCAGCCAAAGAGGCUAUUAUCAGUGUUACUGAGCAAAUGUUACAGGAGACGGGACCAACUUCACCUUUGUUUCAAAGUGUAGCAUGCCUUCUCUAUGAGUGGCAUGAGAAGGCAGGCUACAACGUUCAUCCUACUGUCAUCAAACACGUACUCAAUGCUGCCGCGACGAACCUCGACUUUCACUUCGACAAUAGACAUAUACUUGGUCAGUUCUGGCGGACGAAGCAGCACCUGCUAUUAGUUCUCCAGGAAUUCCGCAAGUACCAACCGCCUGAGUUGCCAUCUACUGACAAUGGUGGUUCUGGAGUGGGAAAGAUUACCUUCAAAGUGUGGUCUGUCGUCAAAGACACCAUUCCUCUGCCUGCAGCUUCGUGGCUGCACCACAAGCUCAAAAAGUUUUACGCUUCCGACUCAUCUGGUGUGCAUGGCAGAAACCGAACGCCGAAGAUCAUGGCUGGGAUCAUUCCACGACUGCAAAAACAUAUCGACGAUGUCGUCGGCAAGAACAACUGUGGCGAUUACGACAUCGUCGUCCACAAAAAAGGCCAACGAUUGUUGCCUCCCGAGAAGGAUGUCGUGUACAAUGUGGCUAUUCAGUUUGUGCUUGGAGCAACUCAGGUUCCCGGCACUCCUGGGGCUCGAUCACAGGAUCCAACCUACCAUGCCGAGAACAUCGCCUCCGUUUCGAUGAAAGGCUUCAAGAGCACGUUCGGCCGAACAGACUUCGUGCACAAGGUCUUCCGGACCAAGAAAAAGCUACUUACAAUGCUUGACACUGGUGGCGGUCUCAAGCCAUUGAUCAUGGGUAUCAAGGCGGCUAUUCCGGCAGUCAACCGCUUGCAGCCAGAAGAGAGGACCUACCUUAAGACCCGAAAGCUUUUAUUGGCAGCUGUUGAGCGAUACAAAGCCGAAGAUCCGCGAAAGCCGAAGGCAAAGAAAGGAAAGCGAUGGCGACGAAGACGGUGA